AUGGGAAAUACAAACACAAUUUGUUGUGGAGAAAGACCAAAUGUAGAGAGCCUUGGCAAAGUUAGAGCCAUAAGAGAGGAGACAAAUAAAGACAUUGGGAAUAUUAAACAAGUUGAUGAUUCUGGGAGUCAAGAGGUUAAAUCAACAGGGUGUUCUGAGUUCAUCGGUUACAAGAAUAUUGAUGCCAAGGAACCAGACAGAACCAAGCCUAAAUUAAGACAUACUUGAUCAACGAUGAUGAAUAAAGAGAGAAGCAUUAACACUGCUCUUGCAUUUGAGUACCACAAAGCUCGUAAUACAAUUCAGAAUAAAAGCCGUCGUUCUUUAAGAAGUAGAAAUUCUAAGAAAAAUACUAAGAAAAAUACUAAGAAAUCUGAUCCAAAGCAUCUGGAUUCUAUUUACCAAGAUCUGCACGUUGAAGGCAAUUGUAUCAUACUUCUAUAAGUCUGAAUUAUUAUAUUAAAGAACUUGCAAAAGAUACACUUACCUUAAUUCUAUUAUUCUGAAUGUACUC